CGACCACACUGCAGCUGUCUUCCCACCAGUUGCCACUUCGCAAGGCUUAUAUGAGGCUGUCGUCGGUUCUCCUGCAGUGUAACCUCGUAGGUAUCAAGAGUACAAGCAGUGAUGGACGUCUGUGGUGGAGCUACCCUGCAUAUUGCUUCUCAGCUCAGAACAAGUAUCGUCGGUGACUACUGCGAAGCUAUGGCUGCAGCUCUCGCCGUAUAUGACUAUAUCAUCACUUUCGCCGAUGAGGUACAACAUAUAUGGAGACGCAAGAAGCGUGGAUUUGCGUUCAUUUUCCUUCUGAAUCGUGCGAACACGUGGGGGAUAUGCAUCAGCUUGAUGAUGCGGGCACUGCAAUCAUAUCACGAUUCACGCUGUACCAAGGCACGUCAUGCGUAAUAAGCAUCAGGAUCCGACGUCUCAUCGCAAUAUACUUCAGUUGCAGAUUCAGACAACUGAUGUGGAGCACAUGUGCGAUGAUAGCAAUGCUAUUGUGGGCAGGUGCGU